GUCUGCUCGGAGCUUGCCUCAGUGAUGACACUUUCAACCCCAAUCCGUCGUAUAGCUGUCAUCGGAGCUGGACCGUCCGGUCUUGCUGCGGUCAAGUACCUUCUCGCCGAGAAAUGCUUCGAGCGGGUUGAUGUCUUCGAGAAAAGAAGCUCUGCAGGCGGAGUCUGGAAUUACUGCCCGGGGACCCUGAAGGAGAAACUGACCACUCCGGUGCCACAACUGGAUCCGAACAAACCGCUCGAAGAGCCAUUAUGGUACCCAACUGGAGGCAACGACCGGUCUCAAGGGCCAGUCUUUGUGUCCCCGCUGUAUAAGACACUGGACACUAACAUCCCCAAAGAGAUGAUGGGUUUCAAUGACAAAUCUUUUGAGCCGGACUCUCAGGUGUUUCCGAAGCACUCGGCCGUAAAGAAAUAUCUGGAUGAGUAUGCCGAAGACAUCAAAAAUGUCAUACAGUUCGAGACGCAGGUGGUGGAUGUGCGGAAGACGGAAGGCGCUCUCCAUGCUUGGUCUCUUACAACCAAGAACCUCCGUGAAGGGGUCGAGAGAACGCACUCAUACGAUGCUGUAGUGGUCGCUAGUGGCCACUUCGAUGUCCCAUAUACCCCUGAAAUCCCUGGGAUUCAAACCUGGAAUACGGCAUUUCCAGAUGUGAUCUCUCAUUCGAGGCUCUUUGAUUCGGCAGAGCCAUUCCGAGACAAGAAGGUCAUUGUGGUAGGAACUUCGGCAUCUGGAUUAGAUAUUGGCAAUCAAAUCAACGCAGUGUCCAAGGGAAAACUGCUGGUAUCUCAACGAACAGAGACCCCUCUGGCAUCUACUGCUUUGGAUAAAAUCUAUCUUCCACAAAUAGUGGAGUUCCUACCGCCUCAUGCACACAACAGAGCGGUCCGCUUUGCAAACGGUCACAUCGAGCAAGACAUUGAUGCCAUCGUCUUCUGCACUGGCUAUCUCUACUCCUUCCCUUUCCUCUCUUCAUUGAACCCACCUCUGAUCACUGAUGGCCGUCGCACUCUGAAUGUGUACCAACACCUGUUUUACAUCUACGACACAUCUCUGGUCUUACCUGCACUUCCACAGAGGGUUAUUCCGCUCCCACUAUCCGAAAACCAGGCGGCGGUGUUCGCCCGUGUUUGGUCGGGAAGGCUCAGCCUUCCACCACAGGAGGAGAUGAAAGCUUGGGAGGAAGCAAACAUUGUCAAGAAGGGCAACGGGACAUCAUUUCAUUUGCUGCCUUUUCCGCAGGAUGCGGACUACCACAACUUCUUGCAUGACUGGGCGGCGACGGCGCCACCCCGGCAAGGCCUUGACAAUAACGGUGCUGGGAAGCUGUGUAGCUAUUGUGGUGAGAGGCAAAGGUGGAUACGGCAAAGAAUGCCUGAGAUCAAGCGACUAUUUUCGGAGAAGGGCGAGGAGCGAAGCUCUAUCAAGAGCCUAGAGCAACUUGGGUUUGACUAUGAUAAGUGGAAGGAGCAGGAGGGAUCUCGAGACUCUCGACUGUGAUAGAGUAUACCAUUAAAUGAUAGAUACGAG